UCCUCUUUAAACCUGGGACUUCUAGGUCAUCCCCGGGGUCGCUGGGCACACCUGAUCGAAGCCAGGGAGACAUGGUUCCCUGCUCGCCCCCCGUCCAUUGAGGCAGGGCGGCCCUGGCAAGGUGGGCCAGGCCAACUGGGGGCUCCGACCAGAAAGGGGGUGCCUUGCAGUCCUGUGUUCCAGCUGAAUGUCGGUGCCAGAGGACGAGGAGAGGCAUUUGCCGCUGGCCCAGAGAUGGCCCCGAGCGAGCAAAUUUCUGCUGUCCGGCUGUGCGGCCACCGUGGCCGAGCUAGCAACCUUUCCCCUCGAUCUUACAAAAACUCGACUCCAGAUGCAAGGAGAAGCUGCCCUUGCUCGGUUGGGAGACAGUGCAAGAGAAUCUGUUCCCUAUAGGGGCAUGGUACGCACAGCCUUAGGGAUUGUGCAAGAGGAAGGCUUUCUAAAGCUUUGGCAAGGAGUGACACCCGCCAUUUACAGGCACGUAGUGUACUCUGGAGGUCGAAUGGUGACAUAUGAACAUCUUCGUGAAGUUGUGUUUGGUAAAAGUGAAGAUAAACAUUACCCUCUUUGGAAAUCAGUGAUUGGAGGAAUGAUGGCUGGUGUUGUUGGCCAAUUUUUAGCUAACCCAACUGAUCUAGUGAAGGUUCAGAUGCAAAUGGAAGGAAAAAGGAAACUUGAAGGAAAACCCUUGCGAUUCCGUGGUGUACAUCAUGCAUUUGCAAAAAUCUUAGCUGAAGGAGGAAUACGUGGGCUUUGGGCAGGCUGGGUUCCCAAUAUACAAAGAGCAGCACUGGUAAAUAUGGGAGAUUUAACCACAUAUGAUACAGUAAAACACUACUUAGUAUUGAAUAUACAACUUGAAGAAAAUAUUAUGACUCAUGGUUUAUCAAGUUUCUGUUCUGGACUGGUAGCCUCUAUUCUGGGAACACCAGCUGAUGUCAUCAAGAGUCGAAUCAUGAAUCAACCACGAGAUAAACAAGGAAGGGGACUUUUAUAUAAAUCAUCUACUGAUUGCUUGAUUCAGGCUGUCCAAGGAGAAGGAUUCAUGAGUCUAUAUAAAGGCUUUUUACCAUCAUGGUUGAGAAUGACCCCUUGGUCACUGGUGUUCUGGCUUACCUAUGAGAAAAUCAGAGAGAUGAGUGGAGUCAAUCCAUUUUAAAUCCAUAAAGAUCCAGUCCUUAAAGAGACAGUGAAGUAUCACUGAAAGAUGAACAUCUGCGACCUACUCCCCCUAUCCUUUCUACCUCUUUAGGAAGACACUUAAGAGAGACUCUGAUGUAGGGGGGCAGCAAUUUAUUUUUCCUUGGAAACCCAAGUUUUCUUUGACUCCGCUUUUUGUUCAAAAGCAAUCAGGUUGGAUCACACAAGACCACCAAAUGAGACAUCCAAAUGAGCACAUCAUUUUCUAAAGAAGAACCAAAUCUUGAUCAAGUUCUUAUCUCAGGCAAGAAGAUUUGGCCUUUGAGAUGCUAUGUUAUGCUGAUGAGUCUGCUUAAGAAGUGCCAGGAAGGAGACAUUUCAGAUCUGAAGUAGACAAAAAGUGUGUUUAAUAACACACCUAUAGAGAGAGAGAUUAAAAUUAUAUUUAACCUGUUAUGUCAGUAUUUGUAGUUGAAAUUUGAUCACAUUUCUGUUAAAUGCACAUAUUGUACAGUAGAGGGCAGCAACUAAAAAUUCACGAAUAAACAUUUUGAGUUUACCUCGUGUUGAAGGGAGUUAAUGUACCUUUUCUUGUCAGGAGCAGGAGAAAACUCUAGUUGAUAUAAUGUUUGGAUUUCAAGAAAAGAAAUGUCCUUCUGUGCCUGCUCCAUCAUUUGAGUCAGUUUAAUGGUUAAUAUUACACUACAUCUGCUAAACACUUCCUGAGAGCCACAGACUGAAUCUGGACGAAAGCAUAGAGUGGAUAUGCCUGAUUACAUAUCUUGGUUCCAACUUGGAUUUGUGGCUAGCUCGGAAGAAUCUCACAAUAUUUUAACAACGUCAUUAUUUGAUUAAAGCUUAGAAAGCUAAAUCUUUAAGAAAAAAGUAAUGUGUUGUCGCCGGUCUUUCAGUG